UGCCUACUGCCUCCUCCUCCUCUCAGCAGAUCCGAGGAGCCAGUUCGCACCUGAGGACUGAAGUCUACCUGUGGAUCCGCAGCCGUGAGCAGCACCAUGGGGGUCUCCACGUCCAGUCUCCUAGAUGAAACCAAGUCCGCCUACAUUCAAGGCCAAGCCGAAGCCGAGCUGAAGGAGUUCAGUCCGUACUACAGGAAGCAGUUCUCGGUGGCCCGGUUUGCUCAGGUGGAGGAUGAACUGGAACAGAACAAACAGAAGAUCACACAGCUGCUCAAACAGAAGGAGGCUCCAGAGGAGGGCAUCGUACUCUAUGAAGAAGGCGUGUGUUACUUUGAUGAAGCCAGGAAGUGGAAGGAGCGCUACGUUGUGGUGAGAGCCAACUACUGCCUGGAAUGUCAUGAAAGCCUGCAGUCUUAUGUUAAGGGAGCUCCUCCGCUUCACAAGCUGCUGCCUACAGGGGGCAAUGUUCAGACCACAGAGGAGAUGUACAUGGAAAUGGUGGACAAAUGCUAUCCUGAUGACAGCAGUGGAAAGGAGGAGUUUGCGCCUCCUCUGUCGGGAAUGCCGGGACAGUUUCCGGUCUACCUCCGUCUGCCCUACAGGAGGGAUUCGUACUUCUGCUUCAAGCAGCAGGCUAAGCAGGCCAACUUCCUCUCCAUCCUGUCAGACUGCAUCAAGCACCAGAACCAAGACUUCCUGAAGAAGAAAACUUGUGAAGUCCAGGCCUUCCUGAAAGCCGUCCAGCUCUACCGACAGGACAGAGGCAACUAUGAGGAGUGGGACAUGCUGAUCGGGAGCGACGUACGGGUGAUGGCCAACCUGGUGAUGGAGAAGCUGCUGCCGUCGCUGGGAAAAGACCUGCUGCCUCGCCUCAAAGCCAAGAAGACCGAGAGGAAGAGAGUUUGGUUCACUACGAUGGAGGCAGCGUACGUCCUGGUUCAGGAGCAUCUGCUGGCGGGACUGUCGGACCUGAAGGAGGAAUGCAGGAUGUAUGUCCGACAGCAGGAGGUUCUGAUGCACUCUGACAUGGACCAGAUCCUAAACACGAGACGGCAGCUGGAGGAGAAGAUCCAAGCCACAGUCUCAGAACCUGCGCAGCGACUAUGCUCCGAGUCCGUCCAGCCCUACCUGGGCUCCGUCCUGGAGGAACUGAUGGAACCAAUCAGCUCCGGUUUUAUGGACGGGCGACAGCUGAUCGAAACAAAGAUGGAGGAGGUGUGUCAGAGCGUCCUGCAGGGAGCAGACAAGAUGCUGAAAAAGGCUCUGAGUGAGAUGGCGAGACCCAACCUGCUGAGCUGCUACACGAAGAUCAGCUCUCUGCAGGACAAACUGAAGCACCUGCAGGAGAGAUUCGGUUUCUGCACCAUCACAGCAGUGAGCCAUGGGGCUCAGAUAGACCUCCAGCAGCUGAUUGAGAACGCAGCGUACACGUUCGAGCUGAUGCUAAUGAAGGCUGUGAAGGACAACCCAGAAACCACCGGAGCAGUCGUUGAGAAAGCCAAACACAGAGUCCUGAAGCAAUAUGACUACGACAGCAGCACAGUGAGGAAGAGGAUCUUUCAGGAUGCCCUGGUCUCCAUCACGUUACCCUUCAUCAAGAAGAACCUGGCUGACUCCUGCCAAACCGAGCUUCAGGGUCUCGAACACACCAUCUACCCAGAGUACUCCAACCUCAUUCACGUUGAGAACGUAUAUGAAAACAUCCUCCUGCAGAUCCUAGAUGAGGAGGUCUCCAAAGUGGUGAAGGAAGCAGCCAGCCUGAAGAAACACAACCUGUUCAAGGAGAGCAGCCGCUCCAGCAUCUCCUCCGUCUCCACACCCAACAGCCCUGCUCUGGUCCUGGCCUCCUCCAUCAAAUCCACCUCACAGGCUCCUCCGUCUCCUCUGGCCGUCAAUGGCCUGCCCCUCAGUCCCAACAAAGAGGUGGAGCAGCAGGAGAAACAAGUGCUGCAGAGUGAAGCUGUGGUGGAGGUGACCAAGACAUUGUUGGAAGAAGUGGAACUAACAGACGAUUCGCCUAGAGCCAAUGGCUGUCAGAAGGCAGAGCUGCCAGAAGAAGCUGUCCAAACUGUGAAGGUAGAAGAACUGAAAACUCCACCUUCAGCAGAGACAUACGUCCUGUCAGAGACUGGAGAGACCCAAGAAAACCUCUCUGACCAAGCAGCACAACCUGAAACUGAGAACACCCAGAGAACAGAAAUCACUUCAUCAGAACCUUCUGCUGCUGCAGCAAGUCCAACUGCAGGAGCUACAUGGACAGAAGCUCCAAGGCCGGAUGGAACCAAGGAACCCAUGGAGCUUCCAACAGAGGAAAUCGGAUCUCAACUUGCAGCUGACAGCAUGGAAACGAUGCAAAGCCAGAAGGCUGGAGUCAAGUUAGAGGCUCCCUCUGGUGGCGAAGAAGCAGAAGACAUCAGCCAGAAGGUGGAGGAAGCAGAGUCCCUCACCGUCUCAGAUCCCAACUCCCUGGACGUGUCUGUGGGAAGUGAAUCCCCACGUUCAGAUCUGGAGUUCAUAGGAGGAAUCUCAGAAACCUCAGACGUCUUAGAGGUUGUUCAGUCAUCCGUAAACCUGGAGGAAACAUCAGAGGACCAAACCUCAGCUGAAGAACCAUCCGCUGGUGCUCAGACGGAAGCUGAAGCAGGAACGACUGUGGAGACUCCAGCAGAACCAGCCGAUGCUACGUCUUCUCCGCCUGCUGGGGACAGUUCUGGCAGUCCCGGAGUCCAGCCACUGGACUGUGUGAAGGAGAUCCGCAACCUGGUGGUGGAGGUGAUCGAGGUGGAGGAGCCGGUGCAUCAUUAUCCAAAGCAGGAAUGAACUGAAGUGGGAACUUACCGCAGAAGAGGAGACUUAUGGUGGGGGGGUAGAGACAAUCUGCUUAAAUCACCGAGCAGAACCGUUUUAAAGUCAUGCAUGAAAACAUAGUAACUUAUUUAUUCAAAUCAUCUAAACUAAUGAUCCGAUUCUGGCUGAAAAGUUUCACAGGAAACUGGAUUUAGAGACUUUAUGGUGAAAGCAGUUGGUUGUAGUGAUCCGGUUUCAGGAUUUUUAUUCGUUACUGAUGGAUCAGAACUCCAUCCAAGUAUUGGACUCCAUUCUCCCAAACUCUUUGUUCCUUAACAGCACCGUACAGUCCAAACUCCUGGAGAAACUCCUGAGGUUCUGUUUCUGUCACCAGAACCCAGACCAUCCAGGAUUUAUAACCAGCCCAAUCUCCACCUUUACCAGUGAAGCCUACUAGUGUUUAACUGGGAUCAAGUGAAAUGAACUGGUUCCAGUUCCAGGCAGCGUUCAUGUGCCUGCAGGUUUUCUUCCAGCUUAGACACCUGAUUCACACGGUUCAGUUAUCUCCUCGUCGUCUCUUUAAUCGGGAUUCAGGAGCCUCGUCGCCGUCAGCCACACAAUCUGAUCAGUAGAUCUUAAUCUUCUUCAGGUCAAUUAGGGAACCAAAUAUGCAGACAGAAUUCCAGACCCAGAUGCUCACAGAUUGGGAUUAACAACCUGCUUCUUGAGGACUUCCCCAGUAGAUUUACUCCUGCUCAGAUUGUUAGUCUCUGUCUCCAUUUUUUGGUUUUAUAUCUAAAUAUUUAUUCAUUAACUGGAUUUAAUGGGAAUUUCAGGACAAGCUCCCAGUAUUUCUACUGAGCUCUGUUCAUCCCAUCCUGACAAAUGAGCAUCUUCUCCAGAAUCUAACACUCCUCGAUCAUCUCUGUCUGUUUUCUAACGCUGAGUUUUAAAGAUCCUCCUUGAGCCAGAUGUUAGGCUGCCGAGUGCCUUCACUGGACAUCACCACGAAGCCUGCCGCUGGAUGCUGUUGCCAUGGAGACAGGCCCAGAGUCUGGGAUUGUUAUCUGCAUCCUCCCCACCAAAAUGUCUGUAACCUGCACAGAGCGUCUUCCACAGAGACAGAAGCAGCAGGAAUGAGGAGAAACCAUUUCUGGCUUUAAUCCUUGGACUGGUUUCAUUUCCCAGUAAAGCAAACACAGCAUGA